AGCGCACCGUCCGAAUUGUCUGUGCGAAUAAACGGAGGGUGGUGAGCUCGGCGGCUGUAGACGACGCAGCUGUUGCUUUUGUACUUACACUCGGGAAGCACCCUCUGGGAAACAACGGCAAGUAAAUUCUCUUCGUUGACAAUGACUAUAGCGAUAACAUCAUAAAUAUAUGAAUUAGGAAAUAGAAUUGAAAAAGUAAAUCAAUGGUACAGAAAGGUAGUAUGUCCAGGACGCCUUCGACCUCAACCCAGGAGAUCCAAAUGGACAUGUUUGAUCAACAUCCUCACACACAGGGAAAGUAUUCCAAGCGGAAGAGCCGCUUCAAGCGCUCCGAUGGAAGCACCUCCUCUGACACCACCUCCAACAGCUUUGUCCGGCAGGGCUCUGCCGACUCCUACACCAGCCGGCCGUCGGACUCAGAUGUGUCCCUGGAGGAGGACCCAGAGGCACUGAGGAAGGAGGCAGACCUACAGGCCUUGGCCACCCUCGAGAAAGCUAAGACCAAACCAGUGGCCUUUGCUGUGCGGACGAAUGUGGGCUACAACUCUGGGCCCAACGACGACGUCCCAGUGCAGGGCAUGGCCAUCUCCUUUGAAGCCAAAGACUUCCUACACAUCAAAGAGAAGUACAAUAAUGACUGGUGGAUUGGGCGUCUGGUGAAGGAGGGCUGUGAGGUGGGGUUCAUCCCCAGCCCAGUCAAACUGGAGAACACCAGGCUACUGCAGGAGCAGAAGAUGAGACAGAACCGCCUCAGCUCCAGCAAAUCUGGUGGCAGCUCCAGCCUGGACGUUGCCACAGGAACACGCAGGCCCACCCCUCCUGGCACAGCUCAUGUGGACAUGUCCACGAUGGCUUUUGACCUUGACCCCCUGGACCUGGAUGCCGAGGCCCCUGAGCCCCAGGGUGACCCUCGCUCCCCCAAGGGCAACGCAGGCAGCGUCACCUCCCCCCAGGGCCAAAUCCACCGCCUGCCCUUCUUUAAGAAGAUGGAGCAUGUCCCCCCGUACGACGUGGUCCCCUCCAUGAGACCCAUCAUUCUAGUGGGGCCGUCACUGAAGGGCUACGAGGUGACUGACAUGAUGCAAAAGGCUCUCUUUGACUUUCUCAAGCAUAAGUUUGAGGGCAGGAUAUCCAUCACCCGGGUGACAGCAGACAUCUCCCUUGCCAAGCGCUCGGUCCUCAACAACCCCAGUAAACACACCAUCAUCGAGCGCUCCAGCACCCGCUCCAGCCUGGCGGAGGUGCAGAGUGAAAUUGAGCGUAUCUUUGAGCUGGCCCGCACCCUGCAGCUGGUUGCCCUAGACGCAGACACCAUUAACCACCCCUCUCAGCUGGCUAAGACCUCCCUGGCUCCUAUCAUCGUCUACAUCAAAAUAGCCUCACCGAAGGUCCUCCAGAGGCUCAUUAAAUCCCGGGGGAAGUCCCAGGCCAAACACCUGAACGUGCAGAUGGUGGCAGCAGACAAGCUGGCCCAGUGCCCCCCUGAGCUGUUUGACAUCAUCCUGGAUGAGAACCAGCUGGAGGACGCCUGUGAGCAUCUGGCUGACUACCUGGAGGCCUACUGGAAGGCCACGCACCCCCCCAGCAGUAACCCCCCCAACCCCCUCCUCAACCGCACAAUGGCCACGGCCGCCCUGGCCGCCUCCCCAGAGCCCGUCUCCAACCUGCAGGGGCCAUACCUGGUGCACGGAGAACAGAAGCGGGAAGGGCCUCGUUCGGAGUGCGGUGGCAGCGGCAGUCUCCAUGACUACCAGAGUGAGGGAGGGAAGCAGCAACAGCAGCAGCAGCAGAAGCAGCAGACCUACCUGCACUCCUCGCGGGGCCAGCUCCGGGGAGGGGGUGGGAGGGGCCUGUCCCGGCAGGACACUUUUGACUCGGAGACGCAGGGCAGUCGGGAUUCGGCCUACACUGAAGCAGGGGACUCUUGCAUGGACAUUGAGACCGACCCUUACGAGGAGUCUGAGAUGUACCGCGGGGUAGGGGGCGGGGGCAGCCGCCUCCACCUGGCCCAGCACCACGGCCGCCAGGCCUCCUGGGAAGACGAGGGGGCCGAGCCGGAUCAGGAGAACCUCAACCACCCUCCCAUGCCCUCCCACGCCCAGCCUGAGCAACACAGCCGGGCCAAGCUAAGGGAGAGGUACUGCCAGGAACCCGGGGACACCGGGGCGAACAUGGGCCGCAACAAGAACCAGGAGGACUGGGGGAGGGACGUGUACAUCCGCUGAACACACACCAUGACGCAUGGGCUAGGAGGCUGAUGGACAGACUGGGGAAGGGAGGGAGGGAGGAAAGGGGUUUCACGGUUAGGGCUAGGGGGGUUAGCGGGGAGAGGAGGGUGGGUUUGGGGGCCAUGCCAAUCAGAAGCCCAUGAAUUAAUCUGUUUACAACCCUUAUUAAAGAGGUACUUUUCUCAUUGUUGAGUACGCUGUAAAGAAGAAAACAACUGCCAGAUGCCAUACACCUCAUCCAAUUAUUUUAGCUAUAUUCAAUUUAUUUAUGUUUUGAGAAAAAAGCAGUUUGGUUGGUCUCUUUUUAGUUUCUUUUGUUAGUACUACUGCAUGAAUACCACGGAAUCCUACUGAACUGACAGCACGAGGACAGUUAUCAUUAUGAUUGUGAUCUGUAUGGCUCAAUCUCUGUAGUGUAGAAUGUGAAGGCUGAUAGAGCUGUAGUCUGUCGUGUCUGUCCUCUGUCGUCUUAAACAGGGUUGUAUGUCCCAUGUACAGUACAGAGCAUCAGGGUCUCUAUCCCCACAGCUUCAGAGGCUCAGCUUCCGGAUUCAGACACUUUCAGGAUGGAUCCUAAGCGUUUUGAGUCCCUCUCCUCCGAUUCCUCAUCACCCAGACCUUAAAAGCUAUCUGGAUGGAAAAGUUGCCAUAAAUGUCUUUAAGAAUAGUUUAUUGAGAUAAUUGGUUUUAUUCGUUUUGACGCUUACCUUAAUGUUACGAAUAAAAGGAAACACCCCAAAGAUA